AUGAACAAGAUCCUCCUGGCCAUGCCCGCACCCAUGCUCCAGCACUCUGCCAACCUGAUCUCAUUCUACUUCCAACACGUCCGCCCCCAUCAAGCUAUGGUCCGCAAACACCUCCGUCGCCUAAUCCUCCUCGUUUUCCUCCUCAACUUCAAGUCGAUCCCCGGAGUGUUCCAUGCAAAGAUGGGGCUUCGUAUUGCGGCAGUUCAGUUGUAUUCGAUCCGGCAUAGAAAGGGGUUUAGGAUUAAGCCUACGGAUACCAGUAUUGUCCGUGAGCGGGUUUGGGUUGAUGACCUUGACCUCAACUUUCACUUUUCCAACAGCUCUUACGGAAAGAACUGUGACUAUGCGCGCGUCAAGUAUGUGACCUCGCUAUUGGGACCCAGCGUGCUGCCGUUGCACCCGAUGCGCAAGAUUGCAUUUGCCCUGGGCGGGAACCAGAUGUGGUUCAAGAAGGAGAUCACGCUGUUCCAGUCGUACGAGAUCCGCACGCGUCUGUUGACCUGGAAUCAAAAGUGGUUUGUCAUCGAGCACAGGAUGUACACUCCCGCAUCCUCCCGUGGAGGCAACCAGACCCUGUGCGCGAUCGGCAUUUCCAAGUUUGUCUUGAAGUAUGCAGGAGGCUCAUGGAAAAACAAGACGAUCCCCUUCCUCGACGCCCUCGAGAUGGUUGGACACGAUGUCUCGGAGCUGCGUGCCCUCGAGGGCAAGUCUGAGAACGGCAACGUGGUCCUCUGGCCCAAGGAGGAUCUCGAGUUCAAGUCGUUCGAGGGCUGGACGGACCGUGCUGCUGCUGUUGGUAACGCCUUGGAGCUGUUACUUGUAGACGAAGACGACGACGACGACGAAGUCGAGCAACUCCACGAACAGAACCACCACCACCACCAACAUAACAAUAAUCGUUAUGAAAACAACUAUUUCCUCAAAGAAAAGGAUCCUCGGAAGGUUGCCCAAGGCUCGAUCGUCCGUAAGGAAGACGGUCCUCAGGCUUCCAGGAAAAGAAAAGAGUCCCUUGACGAAAACUUGGACGAGGAUGAUCUGGCACUUGUGGAAGAAAAUACAGGAAUGAAGAUCCAGCGACCCGAGAGGUUCAAACGGCUGAGGAAGCGUCGUCAGGACUAUGGCAGCGGUGACGACAGCAACGACGAAAACGGAAUCAAACAGGAGCUAUCCCGGUCAAAUGACGACCCACUUGCCCAAAUAUUCGAUGCUCCAGUGACCGAUGGCGAAGAAAAUGGCCAUGGUCGAGGAAGAGAUACUGAUGACGAUAUGGAUUUCAUUGACGACGAUGAAAGCGAUGACGAUGAUGAUCAGGAUAUCAUCGAGCACGAAAGGAAACGCAAACAACAAGCAGAUGCCAUGAAGACCGCGCCUCAGGGAGCCUCCGCACGCCACUACAACGAGGAGAUGAACGAAUGGCACGGAGUUUUUGGGAACGGAGAGGACUAUGCAUAUGCGCUCAGUAAGGAAAAUGGAGAGGUACCCUUCAAUGGUUCACCUCCAGAGGCUCAUCUCAAGGACGUGUUUGAACCGGGCGUGUUGGCGGAGAAAAUGCUGACACAUUCGGACGAUAUCCUUCGCCUCAAGGACGUCCCCGAACGGAUGCAGAUGCGACCCGGAAUCGAGACAGACAGGAAGCUCACGGAUCUUGAGAUUGAGCUGGAGGCCUACUGGGUCAUGACAGCGUUGGACGACAACCUCAGACGAGUCGACCGACCAUCUUUCGACUCUAUGCAUGUCCAAUCGGUCCUCAAGUUCAUGUCGCAGGAGUUACUCGAGGUGCCCUUUAUCGAUUUACAUCGCCAAGACUAUUUUACAAGUGUCCAUGGGCACAGGUUGACAAGGCUGUUGUCACGGGAAGACCUCUGGUUCAUCUACGACGAGGACUUCAAGUUUCGAUCUUUCCUGGAGCGUAAGGAGGCUAUCAGCGCACUCGUCGACCGGAUGCAUAUCAACGACGAAUACCUGAACUAUUCCUUGUUGAGAGCCGAGAGACUGGACGAGCUGACGGACAUCUCGGACUACAUCAAUCUCAGAUAUUCCAAGAAGGUCGACGAAGCUAAUACGAACCUGCUCCGACGUCCAGGGUCUGCAGGAGCGUUCGAUCCUCAGGAACGGGAGCACCUUUCCACCUUUAUCUCAACUCUCGGAAUGACGACACGAGAAUUCGGCACCAACCUGAGCGAAGGCAACAAAAAGUUCUUUCCAAAGGACGACAAAUCGUUCCCAGAGGAGGCAGCUGAGGCAUUUAUUAGGGCUGCAAUUUCAUCGCCGCAGAAAGUGAUCUCGAUGACGGUGGGGAUGAUGACGCAGGAGAUGGCGGUCGAUCCACUGGUCAGGAGAGUAAUACGGACCAAAUAUGAGACUGCAGGUUGUGUCUCUGUGACCCCAACCGAGAAGGGUGUCUCGACGAUCGACGAGCUCCAUCCGUACUACCCCUUCAAGCGACUGACGCAGAAGAACGUCCGCGAGUUCCGUGACGGCCAGUUCCUCCAAAUCCUACAAGCCCAGUCAGAGGGGCUACUCAAAGUCGAGAUCAAAAUCCCGGACGAGGACAGAUACAUUCAGGGCAUCUCGGACUACUACCUCAGUAACGGCCGCGGAGACAAGACACAGCAAUGGAAUGCUCUCCGGACAAAGAUUCUCUCCUCCGCGCUGAAGAAGCACAUCUUUGUCAUCGUUGAACGUGGGAUGAUCGAGAGGCUGCGAGUUCAGGCCGAGGAAUGGGUCGGUUCGAAAUGCCAAGCCGCUCUGGAGGAGAGGAUGAAUAUCGCGCCUUUCAUCGUGCCCGGGACGACCGAGGGCGAAAAGGUGCUUCCACGAGUUGUUGCGAUCUCACACGGACCUGGAUCAGUCAAGGACGCCAUCCAAGCGGUGUACGUGGAUGAAAAAGGAGGGUUCAUCGAGCACAAGAAACUCGACAAUCUCCGUGAUCGGACGCUACAGGAGGAACUCCUCGACCUUUUGGAACGUCGGCAUCCUGAUGUGGUUGUAGUAGGCGGAUUCUCGGUAGCGACGCGUCGGCUGUUGGAGCAGACGGAGAGCGUUGUCAGGGAGCAUCGGGAUUCGAACGGCGACCAAGUCUCUGUGAUUAUGACCAAUGACGAGGUUGCCAAGCUGUAUCAGUCAUCCAAGAGAGGCGUCGAGGACCAUCCCAAGGCAUACGAGAUCACCCGGUACUGUAUCAGUCUGGCACGCACCAUCCAAAGCCCCAUCAAUGAGUAUGCAGCCACAGGAGUCGACCUGGUUGGCAUUCGUCUUCACCCGCUCCAGGAGUUUGUAAGCGCAGACCGACUUCGGGAACUUUUGGAUCGAGCCCUGGUCAACGUGGUCAACGACGUCGGGUUGGAUAUUAACGAAGUCGUUUCGUCACCCUACAAGGCGGUGAUGCUUCCGUACAUUUGCGGCCUCGGUACUCGGAAGGCCCAGCAUCUGAUCAGGACCAUCGAACGAGACCCUGUCACCAGAGGAGUUGACAAGCGAAGUGACUUGAUCAACCGAAAGAUGCUGACCUGGAACAUCUUCAUGAACUGUUGCAGUUUUCUCCGGGUCCAUACGGAGCGUGGAGGCGAUAUCUUGGACCACACAAGGAUUCACUUUGAGGACUACAACCUGGCGAGGAAGAUGGCUGCGGAUGCACUGGAAAUUGACGAGGAGGGCCUGCAGGCGUAUGAUGAAGAGUCACAGCAUGUGGAGGAGUUGAUGAGCGACAAUAACGCCGAAAGGUUGAAUGAGCUCUUGCUGGACGAUUAUGCGCACCAACUCCAAAAGAUGCAGCAAAAGCCCAAGCGGAUGACUCUGGAGCAUAUCAAAGCCGAGCUCCAGCAUCCGUUCCGCGACCAUCGGACACGAUUUGUACCAGCAACUUCGGACCAGAUCUUUACCAUGUUGACAGGCGAGACGGACCAAACCCUGAGGGAGGGCUUCAUUGUGCCUGCGCUGGUGACCAAGGUACGGGAGAAGAAUGCCAUGUGCCGGCUCGACUGCGGGAUUGACGGGAUAUUGUCGAUUCAGAACAUCUCCGACUCCAGAAUUGAAUCUGUCAAGGACCAUGUCUCCGAGGGCCAAACCCUGCAGGUCAAGAUUCUUCAGCUGGCGAAGGACCGGUUCUUUGCAGACUUGACUUGCAAGGAGGGCGAGUUGAGACAAGGCGAUGCUCACUUGCGAGCGUUACCCCUCGACAGGACGUUUGACCAGUUUGAGGAGGAUCGGUUCAAGGACCCGGCCGACCCCAACGACAAUAAGGGUAAAUUUGUUCAUCGAAAAAUCCACCACCCGCUAUUCAAGAACAUCACCUCCGAGGCGGCAAUCAAGUACCUUUCGACCAGGAACCGAGGCGAACUGGUCAUCCGACCUUCAAACAGGGGUGCUGACCAUCUCGUUAUCACCGUCAAGAUUGCCGACGAUAUCUACAAACACUACGAUGUCCUUGAGAUCAACAAGAAGGACAAUGUCAGUUUGGGCAAGGCGCUACAGAUCGACGACUCGACAUAUAACGAUCUGGAUGAACUGUUGGUGUCUCAUAUCGAAGCCAUCUUGGGCCGUUUUCAUGAUCUCAUGAACAGUCCAAAGUAUCGCGAGAAUGAGUACGAACUGAGAGCGUGGUUGGAGGCGCAAACAAGAGCCCGACCGGAUGUUGCAGUCUACGGAUUUACUCUCAGCCGAAAGUAUCCCGGUUACUUUUCGCUCAUCUUCAAGCUGGGACACCACGCCAAGAUCGACGAAUGGAACAUCAAGGUCCUCCCGAAUAUCUAUCAGCUCAAGGGCCCAUCCAAGCGCGACUGCGCCAACCCGACCGCCAUCUCGGACAACUUCAAAGACAUGGCCUCGAAACUCAGUCACCGCAACAGGGCGUCAAAAAAGCCGGGAAACGCCCCUGGUCCUGGUUAUGGCCCUGGAUCGGCUACUGGUUUGGAUGGCUCCGUUCAUCGGAGUAGAUCCCAAAGUCGCCGCCGGAACAGCGUCAGCUCUAAUGCCACGUCCUUCUCGACGUAUGGGAAACCAAGGCCGCCAAGCGAUCGUGGAUAUUCUCCGAGGUCCAACACUAAUGCUCACUCAGCCUCCGCCGCGUAUGACAGAUCCAGGUCUAGGCCGGGGUACCAGAACGGUGACAACAACGCCAGCAGCAGCUUUCAAGACACUGGCUUUGAUGACUUUAGCCUCCAAGACAGCAGCUUCCCCAGCUUCCAAUCUGCCGCCAGAACCAAUACCAAUACCAGUUGGAAUGACAGGGGUAGAUCUAGGCCCAGGCAUGGCUAUGGCGAUAGCAAUGCCGAUACCAUCAACACCUACAACAGCAGCUGGAACGAUCGAUCCAAGUCUAAGCCCAGGCCUGGAUAUGGAGACAGGAACUCUAACAACAACGGCGGUCACAUUGGUACUAGUACCAACAUCCCCGUUAGAAGCAGAUCCAAGUCCAAGUCCAGGUCCAGUCAUCAGAACGGGGACAACGGUGCCGAUGGCGGCAGUAACGCAGCUUGGAACAACAGAGGUCGCUCCAGUUAUCGAGACGGUGGAGGGGACGUUGACAACGAUCGCACCGCUUCGUGGAGCAACAGAGGACGGUCUAGCCAUCGGAGCGCUGACGGAAAUGCCGCCGAUAACAGAGGAAGGUCAAGCUAUCGUGGCCGAGACAACAACGCCGUCAGCAACGGCGAUGGUUCUUGGGCCAAUCGGGGACGGUCCAGUUAUCGGAGCGGUGACUCUACUGCUGCUGACAACAGAGGGAAGUCAAGUUAUCGUGGACGAGACAACAACACCGACGGCAAUGGUGGUGGUUCUUGGGGCAGCCGGGGACGGUCAAGUCAUCGUGGCCGAGACAACAACGCUGAUAGCGUCGAUGCCUCCUGGAACAACAGAGGAAGGUCGAGCUAUCGAGGCCAAGACAACGACGCUGGCAACAAUAGCGGAGCCGCCUGGAACAACAGAGGAAGGUCGAGCUAUCGAGGCCAAGAUAACGACGCCAACAACAAUAGCGGAGCCGCCUGGAAUAACAGAGGGAGGUCGAGCCAUCGAGGCCGAGACAACGACGCCGGCAACAAUAGCGGAGCCGCCUGGAACAACAGAGGAAGGUCGAGCUAUCGAGGCCAAGAUAACGACGCCAACAACAAUAGCGGAGCCGCCUGGAACAACAGAGGGAGGUCGAGCCAUCGAGGCCAAGACAACGGCGCCGACAACUACAGCGGAGCUUCCUGGAACAACAGGGGAAGGUCGAGUUAUCGAGGACGAGACCACCAUGCCAACUCAAACACCAACAGGAGCUGGAAUGAUAGAUCCACGUCAAAGCCCAAGUACGGCUAUGGCAACAGCAGGUCCAAGUCCAGGGCCAGGUAUGGAGCUGAUGCCAGCUCCAGCUCCGGCUUUCCGACCACCGUCAUCACAGGAUAUGGUUCUUCUAACCAAGAACGAGGUACCAAAGACAGUUCAGGACCAUCGUACAAGCUAUCCAAAGCAACCUCCAGCCAGGAUCAGUCGAUGGGUUUCAGGGCUUACUCUCCAGAGCCGAUGCAGACUACGGGUGCGAUGAAACCUACAGCGGACCUUAGCUUCCCUCAGCCUAGCGACUUUGCGGCUUACUCUAAAGAACCUGCAAGAGCUGCGGCGUCGUCAGCGCACGGUAGACGCGCUUCGAAUCAAUCCAUUGGCUCUACGGCAUACUCGCCAGAGCCUACGAAGCCUGCGGACUCCACGGCGCCACCCUCAGCGAGAUCAAGUUCCUUGCAGUCCGCAGACAUCAAAGCUCGCUCUCCCGGAGCAAAGUUGUCCGAGGAGUGUGUGAGAUUCCUUAGAGCAGGACGCGAUCCGUCUCAACCCAUGGACAUUGCAGCUUACUCUCCAGAACCCACGAAACCUGAGGUUUCGUCUAAGCCCACGGUGGCGAUCACGUCAAGAUCCGAUUCUCCUCACCCCCCAGCGAGAUCCACUUCUUCCCAGCCUCCAGCGAGAUCUAGCCCUUCUCAACGGACGAAUAUCUCGGCUUAUUCUCCAGAACCCAUGCAGGCUACAGACCCUAUAAAGCCUACAGAGUCAACAAAGUCCACGCCGAAUCCCACUGCAGACUCUACAGUAAAAUCUGAGCCACUUCAAGCUGCAAGCGCUCGGGCUUACUCUCCGGAGCUCAAGGGAAGCGCACGCUUAGUAGAUAACUCUGAUCCGUCUCAGCCCAUGGAAUUCACGGCAUACUCCCCAGAACCCAUGGAACUCGCAGAGCCUCCUAGAACUGUCAGCGAGGCCUACAAGCCAUGGACUUCGUCGUCAUCAGCCACGGCUGGAGGGGUUGGCGACGAGGACGACACUGGAGGUAUUUCAUGGGGCAGCGGCUCGUACGGUGGUAGAAACGGCGGUGGAUCGUAUGGUGGUGGCGAUAAAAGCAGAUCCUACGGCGACAACAGACAGGGUGAGCGUCGCGUUCGCUCAGGCGAAAACGGAACGUCAGACAAUUCAUCAGAUCGCCGCCCAUACCAAUCUCAGCCAUCACAACGGCAGCAGCAGUCGCAGUCGAACUAUGGUUCAGGGUAUGGAGGCAGGGGCCAAGAUCGUUUUGGUGGUGACCGCGAGAGCAGGCCUCGUCAAAACAAUGAUGGAAGCCAGGGCUAUGGUGGCGGAAACAACAGUCGCCAUGGGGAAAGGGGAGGAGGACCAUCAUCAGCAACCCAAGGAGGGGGCGGAAGUGGGUAUAGAAGCAGCUAUGUUAGUACAGGUGGUGGUGAUGAUGAUGAUGCUGGCGGCAUCUCAUGGGGCAGCGGAUCGUACGGCGCAAGUGGUGGUGGCGGCGGUGGUGGUUAUGGCGGCCACGGCAACUCUGGCAACUCCGGAUAUGGAGACAGAGGCCGCAACAGCAACAAGCAGGGCUAUGGAGGAGGAAGAGGCAAUGAUCGAAACGGCAGCAAUGGCGGUAGUGGCCGAAGUCAGAGCCGACCUCGCUCAAGCUCGUCUCGUCGUUAG